AAAAACCAUCCUUAAACCGGGAAUAAGUGGUAGCAGAUAUCAUCAAUUAUCAAGAUAUAAAAGAUUUACAAUAUGGAGAGCAAAAAGACUUCUCCGGAGGAGGCUACCGACUCAGUCACUCUGACGGACUCAGGUCCCGUUGAUGACCUGACUACCUGUUCUGCAGCACCUCCAAUCCCGCUUAAGUUAAAGGUAGACGUCUAAUCAGGUGUUUAGCAGCUAUAUUCAAGAACCAAUAUAUGUCAUGUUUACAUGA